GUCGCGUCAGCACGGCGCGUGCGCGGAAGGAUCCGAACCGUCGCCUAGGAGAGGGUCGUCAGAGGUGCGGCCCAAGCUGCUUGGCGCCAUGCUGUCCCCCGAGGCGGAGCGGGUGCUGCGGUACCUGGUGGAGGUGGAGGAGCUCGCCGAGGCCGUCCUGUCCGACAAGCGGCAGAUUGUGGACCUGGACACCAAGAGGAAUCAGAACCGAGAGGGCCUCAGGGCCCUGCAGAAGGACCUCAGUGCCUCUGAAGAUGUGAUGGUUUGCUUUGGGAGCAUGUUUAUCAAAAUGCCUCAUCCUGAGACAAAGGAGAUGAUCGAGAAAGAUCAGGACCACCUGGAUAAAGAAAUAGAAAAACUCCGGAAACAACUGAAAGUGAAAGUUAACCACCUCUUUGAAGCUCAAGGUAAACCGGAACUGAAGGGUUUUAACUUGAACCCUCUCAACCAGGAUGAGCUUAAAGCCCUUAAGGUCAUCUUGAAAGGAUGAGACUCAAGUAGCAAGAUGGGGGGGGCCUAUGACCAGCAUCCCCCUGUAAUCAUGGAGCACCCAAGUCCCUCCAGCCUUGAGACUUGCAAGGACAGGAUUAUACUUUUAAGGGGACAGGCAUUAGGGAUGUGGUU